GGCAGCCGCUGGAGCCGCGGACGGGGAACGAGGCCGGUCGCCGGGCACUUCCUGUGGAGGCCGCAGCGGGCGCGGGCGCCGACGGGCCGAGCGCCGAGCGAGCGAGCGAGCUGAGCGAGCCGAGCCUCCCGCCGCCGCCAUGGGCCAGAACGACCUGAUGGGCACGGCCGAGGACUUCGCCGACCAGUUCCUCCGGGUCACGAAGCAGUACCUGCCGCACGUGGCGCGUCUCUGCCUGAUCAGCACGUUCCUGGAGGACGGCGUCCGCAUGUGGUUCCAGUGGGGGGAGCAGCGUGACUACAUCGACACCACGUGGGGCUGUGGCUACGCGCUGGCCUCCGCCUUUGUGCUCCUCAACCUGCUGGGACAGCUGACCGGCUGCAUCCUGGUGCUGAGCAGAAACUUCGUGCAGUACGCCUGCUUCGGGCUCUUUGGAAUCAUAGCGCUGCAGACGAUUGCUUACAGCAUCCUGUGGGACUUGAAGUUUCUGAUGAGGAAUCUGGCCCUGGGAGGAGGCCUGCUGCUGCUGCUGGCGGAGUCGCGCUCCGAGGGGAAGAGCAUGUUCGCGGGCGUCCCCACCAUGCGCGAGAGCUCGCCCAAGCAGUACAUGCAGCUCGGGGGCAGGGUCCUGCUGGUGCUCAUGUUCAUGACCCUGCUGCACUUCGACGCCGGCUUCUUCUCCAUUCUCCAGAACAUCGUGGGCACAGCUCUGAUGAUUUUAGUGGCCAUCGGUUUUAAAACCAAGCUGGCUGCUUUGACUCUUGUCGUCUGGCUGUUUGCCAUCAACGUGUACUUCAACGCCUUCUGGACCAUUCCUGUCUAUAAGCCCAUGCACGACUUCCUGAAGUACGACUUCUUCCAGACCAUGUCGGUGAUUGGAGGCCUGCUCCUGGUGGUGGCCCUGGGCCCUGGGGGCGUCUCCAUGGACGAGAAGAAGAAAGAGUGGUAACAGACCCCUUCCCUGCCUGGCUGAGACCCGCGGCCACCGAGGACUGGUUCGGGGUGGAUUGACAAAGCUGCCAGCAUUCAUGUGUCCUCUCCCUCCCCUCCCUUGGUAAAGGCACAGAUGUUUUGAGAGUUUCUUUGCAGACACCUGAAAAUUGAUGGCUAAAUUUGCUCUGGACCCCUAACCUAGUAGCCGAGCAUCGGAGCCGGCCGGCUGGCAGGCAGUAUUCCCCCUCCCCCACUCCCAAGGCAAGGCCUCGGCUUCUCGGAGCGAGUUGGGCUUGGCGGCGGCCUCCUGUCCUAGUCUUUCGGGUCUGCGGGUGGGGGCGUCAAGCUGUACUGUGAGCAGAUACAUUUGUGUAUCAUUCAGAGUGGUCUCCCUCUUAUUAUGCUUUCAGUUUACGUUUUUAACUAAAAUGAAAGGAUUCGGGAUGGCCCAGCCCAACAUCAGACACACUAAGUCCCAGUUUUAAACCGCUCCCAUGGCUCCGAGUGGUCCCCGCCCCACACUGUAACACUCGCGGGGCCCGUGACGGCCUAGAGACCCAGACCCAAAGAAUGAUGCUGCCCGGGCAGGGCGGCCGUGGCCACUGUUCACAGUGGAGGUCACUCGUCAGAAAACCGCCUCAGAUUGGGGCUGAUGUUUGAAAGGGCAACCUGCCCGCCCCCACCCCAGGAGCUUUAGUGGCUCGAGGUGGGGACAGAGGCGCUCCAAGUCCUCCGAUGCCCCUGGAGCCUGCAGGGACCCAUGCUCCGACCCUGGCCUGGCCAUACACCUGCAGGUUGGCUCCCGUGGUGGGGGGGGUGGGCCCGGUGGCAGCCGUGGGGGCCGGGCAGCAACACAGCGGGCUCUCAGACCAGUUACCUCACCCCGACCUCUGCACAGAGCCUCCGCUGAAGCCGUGGGCCCAGCUCCAAUGUGGCUGGGCGCCUGCGCGGUUCUCCCCCGGCUAGAGGGGGUCUUCCCGGGCUGUGCAGCCGCGGCCUACCACCCUCCCUAGGCUGUCGCUUACUCAGAUCGUCUAUUUGCUAUGCUGAAUGCAGCCCAAGUUACUUUUUAAGAUUUGUGAUGCCUUACCGAUUGGAUCUUAAUCCUGUAUUUAAAAUUUUCUAACAUUGCCUUAUACUGCGUUUCUCUUCUUGGGGGGUACGAGCGCCUGUGGCUCUUCUCCCCUCGCUGAGCCGGAGCAACACUGCGGGGGGCGAGUGGGACACCUCGGUGCCUCCCCGACUCUCCUGGGGCCGGCUGACCAAACUUGCCCGAGGACCGCCUGGAGCUUGUCUUCUCUCCUGGCUCAGCCAUUACACGUACAGGCCUGAGGGUCACCCCUGGGGAUGCUGGGGGCCGGUCCUGAGCCGGGAGCCCCAUCUACCAGUCACACCAGAGCCAGGGUGAGCUGGGGAACCUGCCCCGCUUUCAGCUCCCAGAGGCUCGCCUGGCUCUGCAGCCUGGACCCACCAGCCCCGGGGGCCGCGGUGACACACGUCAGGGGCCCACCAGUGCCCGUGCCCCAGCCCCUGUGGAGGCCCAUCCCCACACGUUCCUAACCACAUCCCACCUGCACACCCCUCUGGCCUUUUGAAGAAGCAGCAAUGGCUUACGGACGGAGGGCUUUUCUACUUCCCAGCGCUCGGAUGCUCCCCACACGAAGGGGGGCUCUGACUCCAGGUCUCCACCUGGGCGGGGCCGUCCCUUGGUCCACCCCAUCCCCCGUCAGCACAGCACGACAGCACUCUCAAAUGACACUCAGCCAAGGCUGUUCCUCCAUGACACCGUUUUUGACAGGGUACGGGUCCCUCUUGGCCCUGUGCUCGCGAGGCCUUUACUGGUUUGUAGAAGCAGGUUGACCCCCGGAGGCUGGGGGUUUGGUCAGAGGUCACCCUCCGUGCUGGAGGCUCCGGGCUCACCAGGCCCUGAGCAGACCCCCACCUGGGACAGGGUCGACGCCUUUGCAGGGAGGAAAGAAAAAUACCAUCUACCAAUUGGCUUUGACAAAACAAUUUCUGAAAAUUUUUUUGCUUUAUGUGGGAAAUAGGUAUAAAUCUCAUUUUAUGCUGUAUUUUAUAUCUUAGUUGUGUUUGAAAACGUUUUGAUUUUUGGAAACAUCGAAAUAAAUAAUGGCAUUUGUUGUA